UCCAACCCUUCUUAUUGUUCUUCUGUGUUUGGUCCCUUUGUAUUUCUCUGCUGCAGAGGUGUCUUCAGCUGGAGCCGUACAACGAGGUGUGUCAGUACAUGAAGGGGUUGAGUCACGUGGCGAUGGGUCAGUUCUACGAGGGCAUCAAAGCUCAGACUAAAGUCAUGCUGAACGACCCUCUGCUGGGACAGAAGGCCAGCUCUGAAUACCUCAAAGUCAAAUACCUCAGAGAGUACUCUCGCUACCUGCACUCCCACCUUGACAUCCCGGUAGCAGAGUACAACGUGGACCAGGACUUACCGGGAAACUUUAAGAACCACUGGGCCAAGAACCUACCGUUUUUAAUAGAAGAUUAUGAAGAACAGCCCGGCCUGCAGCCACACAUCAA